CAGCAAACUCACAUCUCCUUGUUCAAGUCAGGCCACAAGGUUCUCCGUUUCUCUUUUACAACUGCAUUUCAACUUCCGGUGUCAAUUUUUAGGCGCCUUACUCAAAGCUCCCGCUUCACAACUUCCUCCCUUUACCGCUUUCAACCUCCCUCGUCCUCCACGAUCACAAGACGCAGCCUGCCAUCAUGGCCAACGACGAAUAUGAUUUUCUUUUCAAGGUGGUCUUGAUCGGUGACUCCGGUGUUGGCAAAUCCAAUUUACUAAGCCGUUUCACACGCAACGAAUUUAACCUUGACUCCAAGUCUACUAUCGGCGUCGAGUUCGCGACCCGAUCCAUCCAAGUGGAUUCCAAGACUAUUAAAUCCCAGAUCUGGGAUACUGCAGGCCAAGAGAGAUACAGAGCUAUUACUUCCGCUUACUAUCGUGGUGCUGUUGGUGCACUUCUUGUCUAUGAUAUCAGCAAGCAUCAGACUUACGAGAAUGUCACGCGGUGGCUGAAAGAACUUCGAGAUCAUGCAGACUCUAACAUCGUCAUUAUGCUUGUUGGCAACAAGAGUGAUCUAAGACAUCUGCGGGCGGUCCCCACAGAGGAAGCCAAGCAGUUUGCAAGUGACAACAACCUCUCGUUCAUUGAGACUUCUGCUCUCGAUGCGAGCAACGUCGAGCUUGCUUUCCAAAACAUUCUCACUGAAAUCUUCCGCAUUGUCUCUAGCAAGGCCUUAGAUAGCGGUGACUCUGCUCAGAACCCUCUUUCCGACCGAAAAGUCGUCGAAAUCACCAAAACACAAGAUCCCGAGUCUAAGCAAGGAUGCUGUUAGGUUUAAAGUAUGGCGAUAAUGACUCAACGGGCAUAGAAUUUCAUUCUACUGUUUUCUCUCCCAAGGCCACCCCAAUUGUUCCGAUCUCUUCUGAUGAUAGGGAAAUAAUGAGUUCUGUUUAUUCUUUUGCACAUCCUUUUUUCCUUGGCUUGAAUGAGUAGAUGCAUAUCUGAGCCCCCGUGUUAUCCUUCCUUUGAUCCACUGCAAUUUCCUUGCGAUGAUCAAGCACGGUAUUUAGGUGGUAGUCCAUGAAAGCAAGAAAAGGAUAUUGAUGUUGACAUGAACAAUGAGGGUGGUUUAGGCAGAGAUUCUCUUUUCAUGACUGGGAGUGGGGGGUUUUGAUCGUUUUUCCUUUUUUUUUUACAUUUUUCUCUUUGUUUCUUUGCCCAUUCGAGUCUCUUGUCCACUGACUUGUUUACUGUUUUUUUUUCUCUUCCUUUCUUUUUUUUUCUCUUCGUAUUAUCUUCUUUCAAUUGGGAAUUGGGUCACUGUUAC